AUGAAGGCGCAGAACAUUCGGACCCUUUCUCUCAUCCUGUGUAUGCUAGCCUACCUGCUUGUGGGAGCCGCGGUGUUCGACGCCCUCGAAUCAGAGACCGAGAACUCGAGGAAGAAGAUCCUGGAACAGAAACGCAAUGAGCUGAAGAAGAAGUACGGAUUUACCGAUGACGACUACCGGGAGAUCGAGAGAGUGGUUCUUCAGUCGGAGCCCCAUUGCGCGGGGAGACAGUGGAAAUUCGCGGGAUCCUUUUACUUUGCUAUCACCGUCCUCACAACGAUAGGUUAUGGUCACGCUGCUCCAAGCACUGAUGCUGGAAAGGUAUUCUGCAUGUUCUAUGCCGUUCUGGGUAUCCCUCUGACACUGGUCAUGUUCCAGAGCAUGGGGGAAAGGAUCAACACGUUUGUCCGCUACCUCCUCUGCAGGCUCAAGCGAUGCAUGGGCUUACGGAAGACUGAUGUGUCCAUGGGGAACAUGGUGCUGGUGGGCCUCCUGUCCUGCAUGAGCACCCUCUGUGUCGGGGCAGCAGCCUUCUCCCACUUUGAGGGCUGGACUUUCUUCAAUGCCUACUACUACUGUUUCAUCACGCUCACCACCAUCGGCUUCGGGGACUUUGUGGCCCUGCAGAAGAAGGAGGCACUCCAGAGGAGGACUCCCUAUGUGGCCUUUAGCUUCAUGUACAUCCUGGUGGGGCUGGCAGUGAUCGGGGCUUUCCUGAACCUGGUGGUGCUACGCUUCCUCACCUACAGCACAGACGAGGCAACCAGGAGCCUGGAGGUGGAGUGGGAGGAGCAAAAGCCAGCAGCGCCUAAGACGACAGGGGGUGGGGAGGUGGAGGCAGAUGUUGAAGCAUCAGUGUGGGACAGAGCUGAUGGGAUAGAACGGUUUGGAGCUGAGGAUGGUAACAGUAGCCGCUGUAACCUCUCCCUGCCCAUGGAGGGAGGCACCAGUCGUACCAAUCUCAUCCCCUCUCCAUCUGAGGAGCGUAGAGAGACCCCUGGGGUCAGGGACUCUGCUAAGCAUCCUGAGUCCCGCAUCAGCGCCCUCUGCUCCUGUAUGUGCUUCAGGUUGGUUGCCUGUGACAGCCCCUCUCCGGCCCACUGUGAGCACUCAGGCUGCCACAGCAACCCUGUCUUCUACAACUCCAUCUCCUACAGGGUGGAUGGAGCCUCCUGCAGCUCCAGGGGCACCUCAACCCAGUCCUUCCCCAGCAGCGAUGCCCUUUUUCUGGGGAUGAGCAGCCCUCACACACGGAGGAAGUCAAUAUAGCUGCUUGGAUUGUUGGGACUCACUCUGAACUAAAGUGGUCUUUGUUCUUAUCUACACUACAGCCAGAUAUGUUACUCUGAUUCUCUGCAGGUGGAACAAAUUGUGUAUGCUUUCCCAAAAAGGUCACCUUUACAUAUUUUAGGUUGUGCUUCUACACUAUAUAUACAAAGUAUGUGGACAUCCUUUCAAAUAAGUGGAUUCAACUAUUUCAACAAUACCUGUUGCUGACAGGUGUAUAAAAUCGAGCACACACCCAUGCAUUCUCCAUAGACAAACACUGGCAGUAGAAUGGCCUUACUGAAGAGCUCAGUGCCUUGAACAUGGCACCGUAAUAGGAUGCCACCUUUCCAACAAGUCAGUUUGUCAAAUUUCUGCCUUGCUAGAGCUGCCCUGGUCAACUGUAAGUGCUGUUAUAGUGAAGUGGAAACAUCUAGUAGCAACAACGGUUCAGCCGUGAAGUGGUAGGCCACAUAGGCUCACAAAAAGGGACUGCAGUGUUGAAACGCAUGCAGUGGUUCCUCCUUUAAAAGUUUGUACCGCGGGACUUAGAGGUACCCUGCGUCACGGCUUCACUGCUCCAGACCACCGCAAGGGGGAGUUAGAGCACUCAUUACAUUGUAGAAUAAUAGUGAAGACAUCACAACUAUGAAAUAACACAUGUGGAAUCAGUUAAGAACAAAUUCUUAUUUACAAGGACAGCCUACUCCUUCCUCCCUGUUGGGGAAUUGAACCCCGGUCUCCCGCGUGCCCUUCCCGCACGACACAGGCUUUCUUUAGCAAAAUAGCCCAGUACUGUACUGCCGACGUCACGUUGUACAGUUUCCUUUUUCGUUUUUCUCCGAAUAUAAACACCAUAAUAUUAAUCAAAUUAAUUAAGACAAAUUUCUUAAAAUCAAUCCCAUAUACUAUGCUAUUACAAAAAAGGUUUUAAAUUCUCUGGUAAUGCCAAUAUCGAAGACUAUCAAAUGCUUCUCAAAGAUGCCUUCUGGUGGUCAAACUAGCACUAACUUGCAUUAACAGAACAAAUGGCUUAGAAUUUGAUAACGUGCCACAGAAUGUUGCAGCAGCCUGUAAGGAGUGCUGCAGUGUGACACAACUUUUAACGGAGGAACCACUGUAGAGGGUAAAAAUCACCUGUCCUUGAUUGCAACACAAUAACUGUUUGUCGGGAGCUUCAUGAAAUGGGUUUCCAUGUCCGAGCAGCUGCACACACGCCUAAGAUCACCAUGCGCAAUGCCAAGCAUCGGCUGGAGUGGUGUAAAGCUUUCCGCUAUUGGACUCAGGAGCAGUGGAAACACAUUCUCUGGAGUGAUUAAUCGCGCUUCACCAUCUGGCAGUCCGAUGGAAGAAUCUGGGUUUGGAGGAUGCUAGGAGAACGCAACCCAAUGCAUAAUAACAACUGUAAAGUUUGGUGGAAUAAUUGUCUGGGGCUGUUUUUUAUGGUUUGGGCUAGGCCCCUUAGUUCCAGUGAAGUGAAAUCUUAAUGCUUCAGCAUACAAUGAUAUUCUAGACAAUUCUGUGCUUCCAAUUUUGUAACAACAGUUUGUGGAAGGCCCUUUCCUAUUUCAGUAUGACAAUGCCCCCAUGCACAAAGCAAGGUCCAUACAGAAAUGGUUUGUCGAGAUCGGCGUGGAAGAACUUGACUGGCUUGCACAGAGCCCUGAUCUUUGGGAUGAAUUGGAACACCGACUGUGAGCCAGGCCUAAUUGCCCAACAUCAGUGCCCGACCUCACUAAUUAUCUUGUGGCUGAAUGGAAGCAAGUCCCCGCAGCAAUGUUUCAACAUCUAGUGGAAAGCCUUCCUAGAAGAUUGGAGGCUGUUAUAGCAGCAACGGGGAGACCAAAUUCAUAUUAAUGCCCAUGAUUUUGGAAUGAGAUGUUUGACGAACAGGUGUCCACAUUCUUUUGACCAUGUAGUUUGUUAAUUUUUUCCCAGUCAAUAUGUAGCUUUUACAGAUAUCCUAUUCUGCAUUAUAUUUUUUAAUUGCAUUGUUUUCUAUGACACGGAUAAAUCAAUUAUUUACUCAGGUGCAGCGGUCUAAGGUACUGGUUCGAUUCCAGGCUGUAUCACAUCAGGCCGUGAUUGGGAGUCAUAUAGGGCGGCGCACAAUUGGCCCAGCGUCGUCCGGGUUUGCCCAGGGAAGGCCGUCAUUGUAAAUAAGAAUUUGUUCUUAACUGACUUGCCUAGUUAAAUAAAGGUGAAAUACAAAAUAAAGUAAAAAAGUUA